GGCUUAUAAACGUUGCGUUAACUAACAGUUUUAAAGAGGAAGUCAACAGAGGCACAGUCAUCAUCCGAAUGACUCCUGUGGUCACCGAGUUCUUCGUAGUCUUCAGCACUUCCUCUUUUUACACCAGACCGCUACAAUGUGAAUUCAGAGCCGUUUCAAAAACAGGAAGCUCGCGCGUUAAGAAAGAUCAAUUCAGCUUUUAUCUUCGGCUCUGUUUGUCUCAUGGUGUUCAUCUUGAUUCAGAGAAACAAUAAGUAAGUUUUGCGUCCACCCUGAACUCCGGAUGAUGGGCGAUACUUUAGAGAAUAACUCCGAAUGCCCUUCAGCUGUUAAGAGCGAUGCUGAGGCUUCAACCGGAGGUCUCGGCAUGCUGGAGAGCUCAACGCCAAGCAACCAGGAAGAUGAUCAUGUUGUAUUCGAAGACUCUGGGUUUGCAGGACAUUUACAGAACGGAUUGUGUGAUCUUCACCUAGAGGAGAGACUAACAGACGUGACGCUCCACGUCCAGGGCCAACGCUUCUCCUGCCAUCGGGUGGUCCUUGCAGCAGCCAGUCAUUAUUUCAGAGCAAUGUUUUGCAAUGACUUAAGAGAGAAGCAUGAAGAAAGUGUAAAUAUUAACGGUCUUGACGCGGACACCAUGAGAAUUCUGCUUGAAUAUACGUACACCAGUAAAGUCACCAUCACUAAAGACAAUGUUCAGAAGAUGCUUGAGGCUGCCAGUCUGUUUCAGUUUCCCCGUAUGGUUGAUGCCUGCGCCAGUUAUCUAGCGGAGGCCUUACACCCUGAAAACUGCGUAGGGAUCCUGAAUCUAGCUGACGUCCACUCGCUGGACCCUCUGAAAGCUCAAGUCCACAGCUUCAUCAUGCAGAACUUCUCUCAAGUCAUGGAUCACGAUGAGAUCCUGGAGCUUCCCGUAGAUGUGCUGGUCAGUCUGCUCCUGCGGGAUGAUCUGGGGGUAACGGAAGAGGAGCAGGUUUUUGAGACUGUCAUCCGCUGGGUGAGGGCACGGGAGCAGGAACGACUGCCUUUUCUGCCCCGCGUUCUCACGCACGUGCGGCUGCCCUUGUUGGAUCCGUGGUACUUUGUGGAGAGAGUGGAAGGAGAUCCUUUGAUCCGCAAAUGUGCAGAGGCGUUUCCACUCCUGCAGGAGGCAAGAGUUUAUCACCUGUCGGGAAACGAGGUGAUCUCGGAGCGCACCAAACCGAGAGUGCGGGAGUUCCAGUCGGAGGUGUUCAUGAUCAUUGGAGGAUGCACAAAGGAUGAGAAGUUUGUAUCCGAGGUGACCUGUCUGGAUCCGCUGCGCAGGAGCCGCUUAGAGGUGGCAAAACUACCAAACACAGACAUGGAAUCUGAGAACGAAAACAAAAAGUGGGUGGAGUUUGCCUGUGUCACCUUCAGAAACGAAGUGUUCAUAUCUGGUGGCAAGGAAACACUACAUGAUGUGUGGAAGUAUAAUGCGUCGCUAAACAAGUGGAUUCAGAUCGAGUAUCUGACCACAGGGCGCUGGAGACACAAGAUGGCAGUUCUUGGAGGAAAGGUUUAUGUGUUGGGUGGCUUCGAUGGCAUCCAGAGAUUGAACAGUGUCGAAGCCUACGAUCCGUUUCACAACUGCUGGACAGAGGCAGCGCCACUCAUGCUCAGCGUGAGCUCUUUUUCUGCCGCCAGCUACAACAAGAUGAUCUUUGUGAUCGGUGGAGGGCCCAAUGGCAAGCUGGCCACAAACAACAUGCAGUGCUUUGAUUCGAAGUUAAACGAAUGGACAUUAAAAUGCCCAAUGCCCACUGAGGCCAAAUGCACAAAUGCUGUGACCUUUAAGGACGAUAUCUACGUUGUUGGUGGAGCGAUGAAGGCAUUAUAUUCCUACAGUCCUCUUGAAGAUUCCUGGACGCUGAUAACUCAUCUGAGAUGUGAAAGGGCCAGCUGUGGCAUCGCCGCCUGCAACAACAAGAUCUUCAUCAAUGGCGGUCGUGAUGAUAAGAAUGAGGUCAUCGCUACUGUUCUCUGCUGGGACCCCGAGGUGAAGAAGUUAACAGAGGAGUGUGUGCUGCCACGCGGAGUGUCCCAUCACGGCAGCGUGACUCUUAGGAAAUCUUACACACAUAUACGCAGGAUAACACCAGGGACGGUCACAGAAUGACACACGCAACAGCUUUAUACAUUAGAUUAUAUUUAAAUUGGUUGUUUGAAU